AUGUAAAUCAGCACAAACGCGAAGUGGGAUAUGAAUGGUAGCAGACGGUGUUAAACUGUUAGCUAAACGUCAAAUAAAAUAUAAAUAAACGGCCAAACCCUUUUAAAACAGUCCCGGUGUCGUGUAUGUCGUAAUGCGGCUGACUUACGGUUGUUAGCAUCGUUUGUUCCUCGGGAAGCUAACGUCAACGCGAGUAAGCUAGCGACUGGUCCGAAUAACGUUAGUUGAAUGAAUUAAAAACGUUAACGUUAUUUAAUAGAAAUGGCGCUGAAGUUAACUGCGCUUAAUGUCUCUGCUCAGGCAGCCAGCUUCAGGUGGAAGUGUGCCGCCGUUUCCUCGCUGCUGGUUAAAGUUUAGAUUCAUAGUUUCCCCGCUUGUUGUUAGCGAGCCGGCUAAGCUAGCUAGCUUAGUGCUAGCAGGCUAACUUGUCGGAUGGAGAUGGAAGCGGACUCAUUAGAUCCACAAGAUGUUGAGUCGUCAUUUUCAGAGCGGGCCAAAAGCUUCUGGGCCGAGGAAGACGUGGAUCAGGUUUUUAAUGGAGUAUUUGAGUCUCUGGAUCACCUGAAGAGAGCCCUGAAGAAGAACACAGCGACAGACAAAGAGUAUGUUCAGGGGUUGAAGCUGCUGGAGUUUCUGGACUGCUGUCCUCUGGCCUCCUCACAGGACUCAUCUGUGGUCCAGGUGGUCAUCGGCUCAGGUGAGCUGCUGCUGCCCGCCGAGUUCUCUUCCUCCGCCCCGGCUCGCUCCAACGGGCCGGGCAGCGCUGCAGCGCCCCCUGCUGGCAGAGAGGAGCUGCUGCCUCCUCUGACCCCCGUCCAGCUGCAGUACCAGCUGCACCCCUGCUGCAAGGCCUGCCUGUCCAGUUUACCCAGCAUGCUUCAGUCCACGCCUCCGUUCUGGGGUCAGAACCCUCUGAAGAUCCCGCUGCUCUGCGGCUUUAAGAGGCUGACCGCCGUGCCGCUGAUGUCAUCGAGAUGGGACGGGGCCUGUGACGCUCAGGGGGCGGAGCCCGCCGGGUCUGAGGACGUGGAGGAAGGCGUGGAGGACUGGGACGUCGUUUACAAAGCGCCGUGUGGACAGAGCCUCCGUAACCACGACGACGUGAUGCGUUUCCUGUUGGCCACAGAGACCUACGACAUCCUGCAGGUCGACUUCUUCACCUUUAACGCCUCUGUUCGGUUGGACCCCCCCCCGUCAGCGGGCCCCCGGCGGCCGGAGCUGGACCUGAGCCGGGGCGUGGAGCCCACGCCGGUGGAGCUGUGUGCCGGGGACGGCGGCGCCCGGCCUGCCGAGUUCCGCUACAGGAAGGAGCGCUGGCCGCACGGCUGCUUCCUGAGCCGCGGCCCGACGCUGUUCGACGCCUGCUGCGACUGCACCGACGGCUGCGCCGACGCACAGCGCUGCGCCUGCGUCGCUAUGACCAGAGGGGGGCGCCAUUACAGCCAUCACAGGCUGAGCGAGCCUGUACCGUCAGGCGUGUACGAGUGUGGUCCGUGGUGCGGUUGUGAUCGGGCUCGCUGUCAGAACCGGCUGGUCCAGAGAGGGAUCAGAGUCCGCCUCCAGGUCUUCCAGACUGACGGCCGCGGCUGGGGUGUUCGUUGCCGUGACGACUUGGACCGCGGCACGUUCGUGUGCAUAUACGCAGGUGUGAUCCUGCGGAGGGUCCCGAGUCCGGCCGAGUCUCCUCCCCCGAAGCUGACGAGGGCGGACCUCCCCUCAGACGACGAGGUGGAGGUCGUCACUGAGUGGCUGGCCCCGCCGGUGCUGGAGGGGCGGAGCAACCUGGUGGAACCGCCCACACUCACCUCGCACGUCCCGGUGAUCCAGAGACCCACCGACACCGCACCGCAAGACAGAGACAAGGUUCAGACGGUGUUGGCGGGAGGUCUGGAGCCCCCGUCUCCUUCAGCAGGUGGGUCAGGUGACCAGUCUCCCGCUCAGGAGAAGAAGGUUGCCGUGACAGCGGCCGGUCCUGAGGCGGUGGCGAUCCAAAGCCUGAACGGUACGGAGACGGAGACAAACAGCCAGAAGAGUUUAAAGAGAGCGAUGAAGGUGGAGGACGUUCACUUCCUGGACGCCAGCAAGGAGGGGAACGUGAGCCGCUUCAUUAACCACGGUUGCCAGCCAAACCUGUUCACCCAGAACGUCUUCACCGACUCCCACGACCCCGGCUUCCCCGUCAUCGCCUUCUUCACCAACAGGGCUGUGAAGGCCGGCACCGAGCUCACCUGGAAUUACUCCGCCGACGCAAAAAGGAAACAGGAAGUGCCCUGUCUCUGCGGCAGCAACUGUUGCCAAGGGCAUUUUACCAUCGAGGAAACCGUGUGUGACAUGUGCGAGGUUGAAGGUGAAGCCCAGUAAUCCCUCCACCAGGUUCAGACAUUCACACUGACCAUAAAACUGUACGGAAAAAUAUAUUUUCGUCUACUGUGCUGUAAUAAAACUGUUUGAAAAUGCAGAUUCUGUACUUUUUUUAGUUUUUCUAAAUAAAUGGACUAAAUUUA